GUUGAAAUGCUGUGUAUAACGCGGUAACCUAAAAGGAAACAAAUUUAAAAAUUCCCAAAAUCCCAGCUUCUAUAUGUACACCCAGGAUUUGAACGUUGCAAGUCUUCCUCUUCACACCAAAGCGCCUCUCACCUUCAUAUCCUCUCUUUGCUUGCAGAGAGAGAGAGAGAGAGAGAGAGAGAGAGAGAGACAGAGAAAGAGGCCCUUGAAAUCAAUAUCCAUAGCAACUAAUCCUCCCAUUCCUCUGUCGGACCCAGUAAUUCCAAAAAUUAUCAAAGAAAAUGGAGUCGCCACAGAGGAGGAAGAACAGGCUAAAUCUCCCAGCUGGGAUGAGCGAAACCUCGCUGCAGCUGGAGACUUUUUCGGGUUCUUUUAGAGCAAUAUCGAGCUUAUCGUCUCCGGGUUCCUAUCGUGCAUUAUCAGGCUUGACGUCUCCAUCGAAAUCUUCUACUUGCAGCGACAGAUUCAUACCCUGCAGAUCCUCUUCAAGGCUGCACACUUUUGGGCUCGUAGAGAAGGGGUCGCCUGUUAAAGAAGGGGGAAAUGAGCCUUACUCGAGGUUGUUAAAAUCUGAGUUAUUUGGGUCUGAUUUUGGGUCUUUUUCUUCUCCUGCAGGUCAUGGAUCGCCGAUGAGUCCAAGCAAGAACAUGUUGAGAUUCAAGACUGACCAAUCGGGGCCUAAUUCUCCGUACACUCCUUCCAUCUUGGGGCACGAUAGUGGGGUUUCUAGUGGGGCUUCCACCCCUCAGAAGCCUACGAGAAAAGUCCCUAAGACACCCCAUAAGAUGUUGGAAGCCCCAUCUCUUGGAGAUGACUCCUAUUUGAACCUGGUAGAUUGGUCCUCACAGAAUGUACUUGCAGUCGGGCUGGGCACGUGUGUUUAUUUAUGGAGUGCAUCAAACAGCAAAGUGACUAAAUUGUGUGAUUUAGGACCUAAUGACGGGGUGUGUGCAGUUCAAUGGACCAGGGAGGGUUCAUACAUAUCAAUUGGUACAAGCCGUGGUCAAGUUCAGGUAUGGGAUGGGAAUCAGGGCAAGAAAGUUAGAAACAUGGGCGGACAUCAAACUAGAACCGGAGUCUUGGCAUGGAAUUCUCGCAUAUUAUCAUCGGGAAGCAGGGACCGUAACAUACUUCAGCAUGACCUUCGCGUUUCAAGUGACUAUGUCAGCAAGUUUGUUGGUCACAAAUCAGAGGUUUGUGGGUUGAAAUGGUCCCAUGAUGACAGGGAACUUGCAUCAGGUGGAAAUGAUAAUCAGCUCUUGGUUUGGAACCAGCAUUCUCAGCAUCCGACUUUGAGAUUGACACAACAUACAGCUGCUGUCAAAGCCAUUGCAUGGUCACCCCACCAAAGUAGCCUUCUUGCAUCUGGAGGUGGAACUGCUGACCGAUGCAUUCGCUUUUGGAACACUACGAUUGGUCAUCAGUUAAACAGUAUUGAUACUGGAAGCCAGGUUUGUAAUCUAGCAUGGAGUAAAAAUGUGAAUGAGCUAGUUAGCACCCAUGGAUAUUCCCAGAAUCAAAUUAUGGUGUGGAAAUAUCCAUCUAUGGCUAAGGUUGCAACCCUAACCGGCCAUUGUUUGCGCGUACUUUAUCUAGCCAUGUCUCCCGACGGUCAGACAAUAGUGACUGGAGCAGGAGAUGAGACACUACGGUUUUGGAAUGUCUUCCCAUCCAUGAAGACCCCGGCACCAGUCAAGAAUACAAAUCUUUGGUCAUUAGGACGAACACAUAUCAGAUGACCUAAUCCCUUCCUUCCUUCCUUCCUUCCACCAACCUAAAUUGUUCUGUAAAUUGAUACAUAAUACACUCACUAUACAGAAACAUCAUGCCCCAUAGAAAGAGUAUUUUCCUCCGCAACGCAACUUAGCAGUCUAUAAAUGGAGGAGAGAAUUGUAAAGUAGGUCUGUAUUUCAAAUUUGUUCCAGUUUGCUACAAUAUUCAAGUCAAGUGUAAUGUUAUCAUGA